UACUCGUAUAGUUUCAUAUCUAGCUGUUUUCGUACGAAGGGGAAUAUCUAAGGUUUUAUAGGGCGUAUAAUUUGUAUCACUGGUUUUUUUAAAUGUUGUCUUUGCUACAAGAAAAGAGGCCUUUGAAAAGAUCUCGUUUGGGGCCACCGGAUGUGUAUCCUCAGGAAGCAAAGCAACGUGAAGAUGAAUUGACUCCGACUAAUGUUAAACAUGGAUUUGCAACAACUCCACCUUUGGCAGAUGAGUUUGGAACCGCUCAUAAUUCAAACAUGAAUGCCCAUAAAGUUGGUUCUUUUUUUAAUUCUGUUUUAUCAAAGAAAGAAGAAUUGAUGACUUUACAAGAUACCGUAAGAAAAAAGCAACAAAUAAACUGUAAAGACAAUUUCUGGCCAGUUUCCCCGCGGACAAAAGGCGCCUUAGAUGCUUGGUUCAAAGAUCUCGCUGGGAAUAAGCCAUUACUGAGUUUAGCAAAGAAAGCACCUUCAUUUAAUAAAAAAGAAGAAAUUUUUAUUAUUCUUUGUGAUAAUCAAGUUAAUAUGCAACGUGCAGCUUGGUUUAUUAAGUUAAGUGCAGCUUACACUGUUAGUUUCACUGAGUCAAAAAACAAAAAGCGAAGUAUAUAUGACCCAGCCGUAGAGUGGACGAGUAAUAUAAUAAAAUUUAUGAGGGAGCUUCUUCCCAAGCUUCAUGAAUAUUUUCAACUUGGAUUCGAAAAAAAUGCACACACUUACAAUAAUACCGUCCAUGGUGUCUCUUCAAGCCAAGUUGUUUCUUCUCCUGCUGUAAACAGUCCAGUAACGGCUCACAGUCCGCUAACCAUGAGCUCAAUAUCCACAACCUCUUGCUCAUCGUAUAUUGGGAAUACUGCUUCAGGCAGCUCAGCUGGCACCACGUGUACCAGCUCUACUUCUCCUAUAUCCGGAAUUGGAAGUAAUUUUGAAGAUUGUCGAAAUGCCCUGAAGUAUUGGAAAUACUGCACCCGACUUUGCAAGUAUAUGCACGAAGAGUCAUUACUUGAUCGACAGGAGUUUCUUAACUGGAUUCUAGAACUCAUAGAAAAAUUUCGUUCACAGUUAUCUUUCGAUAUAUCUUUAAAAAAGUUAAUACUCGUAUUUGCACUACAAUACAUUCCGGAUUUUGUCCAAUCAGAGCGUUUAAGCAGAAAAUUAGCAAUAUUAGUAUCAAAAAAUGUAACGGCGUUAUUGGAAUUAAAUGUUGAAACUCCUACAAUGAGCAAGACAAUUGAGUCCACCGGAGCGAAUAUGGAAGUUGAUGCAGUAGAGGAAAACAAAUUUUUGACGAAUGCUGCACAUGCAUCUUUGAAUGACUGCGUUAAUUGCCCCCACCACCGCGAUAUUUUAUUAUAUUUAAGCACGAUUCUUCAAACAAUAACCUUGGAAUGUCCUACAGCAUUGGUAUGGAAUGGAGUUAAUGAAAGUCGAGCAGCAUCUACAAUAUGGGGCAGCUCACUUGACCAUAUUCCUUUAGUUCCUUCCGAAUUACCAAUGCCAUUUAAGUGUGAAAAAUCUAAUAUCAACAUAAGAAAACAGCUCCAAAUGGCGGAGACAGAAAUAUCUCUACGCUCUAAACAUGCCCAAAGGCGUUGGUUUGCUGAAAAAUGGCGUAGUUCUAAAGUAAAUUCAUUUACCCAUCUGCUGAAUAUCCUCGAUCAUAUGGAUACGCAUUGUUUUGAUCGUAGGGAUAAAGACAAUAAUAUAAAUUCGCUGUACUCAAAAAUUUUUCCACAUAACGAUGCAAGCAAUAAUUCUGAGGAAAAAAUCAAAAGUAUACCUUACAAUCCUGCAAAAGACGCUUCAACUGUAAAAAUACUUUGUGAAUGGGCUGUAUCCAACCAGAGGUGGGGGGAGCAUCGAGCCAUAGCUGUUGCUAUUUUAUUGGAUAAGCGACAAAUUGAAGUUACUUCAAACAUGGAAAAUGAUUAUAUCCAUAAUUCCAAUUCUCUAGAUGAAAAAGAUUCAGUCAACUCAGGAGUAGGCUUAAUUGGCGGCGUUCCAGUAUUUCAAUCGGUGUUGAUGGAUUUUUUGGACCGAGAUGCUCCAGUUUUAGACGAAAAUGGUUCAAUCCAAAAUCGUACACAAUUUAUAAAUCUUGUGCAUCUUUUCAGCACAUUAAUACGUUUCGACGUAUUUUCGCAUAAUGCUUAUAUGCACACUUUGAUUUCUAGGGGCGACCUUUUAAGAGAGUAUCCCAUUACUGAAUUAGACAAUGUGACCAAAAAUGAGGCAUCCCCAGUAUGCGGGGCGGAGUCAGUUGAUAACAAAGCAUCGCCUUCUCACAAUUUCGACGAUGAGUUUACCACCGCCUUAGAUUUUAAACACAGUGAAUUCGAUGACUCAAAUGUUGAUGAUGAUUUAGGAAAGUUACUACAAAAUAUCAAAGAAAAGGGCCAACAAAGUGCCCUGGAAACACCUGACAGUCCGAAAUUACCCGACAAUUCACAAAUUGAUUUGAACGAAACUCUUAUUUCACGCCAUUAUAUAUAUACCAAACAUUUCCCUAUACCUCAAGAUGAAACUUGUGUAUCUUAUAGUAACGAGUGUAACCAACGGUAUAUUUUGCUGUUUGGUGUUGGCAAGGAAAGAGAUGAAAAGAAACAUGCUGUAAAAAAAAUGUCAAAGGAAAUCAGCAAACUUUUUUCUAAAAAGUUCAGCAUUGACGUUGCAGAAGGGGGAAAAGUAAAAAAACAUUCUCGAAAUGAGUUUAAUUUUGAGGCCACUACAAGUAAAUGCAAGAGCAUGGCUUAUUUUGAACAGCAUGUGGUUACAUCUCAGUGUGCGGUUAUUGUUUUAGAACAACUUAAUGGUUUUGCUGCUGGAAAUAACAACUACUUGCCGGUUCAGGAACAUGUUGCUUUUCUGUUUGAUCUAAUGGAAAUGGCUCUGAACAUAUAUAGCUUGUUGGAAUUUUGCGACCAUAUAUUAAAAGAACUACCUGAAAUUGAAAAUCAAUUACAAUGUAAGAAAUCCAAUUUGGUUCGAUUGUACACAACUUCCUUAGCUCUUUAUAUUGUUGGAAUACUGCGUAGAUACCAUUCAUGCCUCCUGCUAAGCACGGAAGAAACUGUAACAGUGUUUGAAGGUUUAUGCAAAACCAUAAAACAUGUGAAUAAUCCUAAAGAAUGCAGUUCUGCGGAACGGUGUAUCCUCGCUUACCUGUCCGAUAUAUAUGAAAUGUGCACUUUGCUUAAAUCGAAGGAUACUGAGCCAGAAUUUUAUUCGAUAAUUGCAGUUAUGAAGACUUUUAAAGAUAUCUACAACUCUCCAGAACAAUUAAGCGCGGUUCCGCAGGCAUAUAAUACAAAUUUUUUACAAGAGUUAUUCAUAUCACCAAGACGGGGUGCAAAAAUAGAAUUCAAUUGGAUUCGCCAAUUACAAGACUCAACAUCCAACGUUUAUAGCUUCGUUUCAAAUGCUAUUUUAGCUGUUUGUCAGGAAACUGAUAAUGAUCGUUUAAAUGAAAUUGCCAUUUUAUGUGCUGAGUUAACAGCUGCAUGCAACACUCUUUCAGAAGAAUGGAUAGCUGCACUCCAAAGCAUUUGUAAUGCUUCAAAGAAUCUUCGAUACCCUCAUCUUUUCGAACAAGUUGAUAUAUAUGACAACAAAAUUCAUAAUUCAUUAGCAGUUUUCAUUUGCAUUUUGGUGGCGAGGCACUGCUUCUCCUUAGCUGAUUUUGUGCUGAAGUUCGCUCUUCCUACUUUAGCGUAUGCUUACCCAGUUGGCGGUGAAUUUACCACUGAUGCCGAGGCUGGAGCACGCCUUACCUGCCAUUUAGUUUUAAAGUUAUUUAAGACUAUUGAAAUACCACAGCCAAGAAUGUACUCGGUCAGCACUUCGCCGAAUCCAAUAAACAUGGUGGGUGCUGCAUUCAGCAUAAAGUUAAGUUGCGAUCGUCACUUAUUAGUCGGCGCACAUAAAAAUAUUCCAAUACAGGCUGUUUUAGCAGUAAUUAAAGCGAUACUAAUUGUCGUUGAUCUGAAAACGCCAACGGUACCUAUUAGCACUGCUGUGGUAUUAAAUAGUGGAAAACGUAGCGGUGUUAAUACACCAGUGCAUCCAGGAAGUACACCAAAAACGAACGAUCGUCCCGCAGAUUUGAGUCAAAUACUUGGUACAAGUGAUUUAUCAAAUAUCGGUACUGUCAUUGAUCAAGAUAUUAAUCAACCGAAUUCUGGGACUAGCAGCACCAAAUCCUUAGAACAAAUAUCUUUGCUGGAAUUUGCGAACCACGUCCUGAAACAAAUUUGUUCACAAGAACACGUUUUAGAGCGCUGUUUGAAACAUGCAGAUAAUUUAUGUGAAAUGAUUAUUGAUGAUAUGCUUACAACAAAACAAGUCCAACGAGUGUUAUACAUGAUAUGCUAUCCUGAAGCUGAAUAUAACAUAAUAUCGGAAAUGGAUCAAAGAUCGAUGAUUGUUCGGAUCUUGGAAAACCUUGAACAGUGGACUCUUCGAAUAUCAUGGUUAGAUUUGGAACUAAUGUAUCGCCAAUCAAUGAACAAUCCAUCUGAACUGAACAAUUGGUUAGAUACAGUAGCUAAAGCAGCAAUUGACGUUUUUCAGAGAGAUAACGUAUCAGUUGCACAUGGACAAAAGGAAAUGUGUCGCGAAAAGCAAUCAACUUGGUUAAUAGCUCCUCUAGUGUCCAAACUCACUCCAGCAGUUAAAGGUCGGGUCCUCCGCGUUGCUGGACGUGCACUUGAGAGCAUGCAUUUUUUUACAAAGCUUCCUAAAACAGAAAAUAAUUGUAUGACCAAUGGUGAAGAACGCGAUAGAAUUACUAGUAUCGCAAUAAACCAAUCAUAUGGUGGAUUAAACUCAACAAACUGGGUCAAAAAGUUGUCGUUAAACUAUCAACCUUUCUUAGGAUUUAUUCUAUCCUGUUUGAAUGGUCAGGAUGAAUAUAAAGAAAGUCUCUUGGUAUCGCUAUACUCACAGCUCUCACAAUGCUUGCAGUCGUUCUCUGAGAAUGAUUCGUUGAAUGGAUUUAACGACCCACAAGAACGAGAAGAAGUACUAGAUUCGCUGCAGCUACGUUUUUCUUUAGUGGGAGGAAUGUUUGAUACAAUACAGAAAAAUGGCACAUCUACUACAGACUGGGCUAUCUUACUAACACAGCUAGUAUGUCAGGGAGUGAUUGACGCAUGUUCUAAUCGAGAGCUUUUUACAACGGUUGUUGAUAUGCUAGCUACACUUGUUCACUCCACUUUAAUAACAGAGUGCCAAUCUGAACGGGACGAAAAUAAAAAAUUGUAUCUCAAUCUAAUGAAGAAGUUAAAAAAAGAAAUUGGGGAAAAAAACAAUGCUUCAAUAAGGGUUAUCCGUCAACUAUUGCCACUUUACAAGCAAACAACCGAGGUAAUAUCAUGUGAGCCUGCUGGAGUUGACAUGAAAGGAAACAAAAUUUGUGAUAUGGACAAAAAGCAACUUAGGAUUUCUGACAAGCAGCGUAUAAGUGUUUGGGAUAUAUUGGAAGGCCAUAAGAAUCCAGCACCCUUAUCAUGGGUUUGGUUUGGUGCGGUUAAGUCAGAAAGGAAAUCUCUUGCAUAUGAAGAAACACAUCGCAAUCUGAAAUAUCAUGCUCAUAGUUUAGUUAAACCCAUUGAUUAUUUUUAUGAAUCGUUGUCUCUGCCACCUGAAGACAUAGAGCCCGUUUCGGAAAAAAUCAACAUUAAAGAUGAAAUGAAACCGGAUACCCCGUCAUCAGUAGAUCAAUCACCUAGUGCCGUGACCUCCGGAAGAACCCGUGGAAAAGGAACAACGCGCAAACGUAAACCAAAGAAUUCCAAAACUUCCCCCACAAAUGUUUCAACGCCAUCUCAGAUAACUCUGCAACCACAAAUAUCUCAAGUUCAGUCUCAAAACGUGCAGCAGAUUCAUCCUCAAAGUCAAAUUAAUCAAAUGCAAAUGAAUGCACAGGUAAAUAAUCAACAAUUUAGCUCGAAUCCAGUGGUACCACAAAAUUCUGGAGUACUGAUGCAGCAACAAUCUCAAGGAAGCUUGCAACAUAUUAGUAACAUUCAAAAUAAUCAAACUGGCUUUAUGGGAAACAUGUCCCAGGGAGUAUCACAAUUAAGUGGUCAAAAUCAGCAACAUUGGAUUGGUCAAAAUCAAUACCACUCGAUUCAACAGCAACAACAAUUUUAUCCUCAUCAAGCAGUAAAUCGAUUUGAACGACCACAACUUAACCAAUCUAAGCAAGCUUUGUGCAAUAUGUUACGACAGCGGCAACCUACAUUUAAUCAAAAUAACUCAACAUCAUUUAACGCAAUUCAGCAACAUCAACAGAUACGUCAGUCACAAGGACAACAAACACAAGGGCCUAUAAAUUCUGUAUCACAGCAAUUUAUUAGAGGAGGUAUUCGUGGAAUAACAUCGACUCAGAAUCAACUUCCCAGUGGUAUUAACGGAGUUAAUAUCUCUCAGGGCCUUAAUCAGAGUAACAUUAUGCCUGCGCAGCAAGUUACUGCACAAAAUAUGAACACUCAAAUUAACAACCAGGCUAUGGCAAUAACGUCAAAUUCCGGCGUCAUAAACACUUCAUCUAAUAACCAAAACAGCCUUAUGAAUGUACAAUCUGCAUCUGGAAUAGUUGGAUCAGGGAAUGUUUUACAGCAGAAUGUUAACUUAGGCUCUGCCAAUGGCAAUCAGAUCCUGAUUAAUCAAGCAAAUAUUCCAUUUCAUAAUUUUAAUCAAUAUCAACAGCAAGGAAUGAUAAAUAACGGAGGAAGUGGCCAGGUUCAAGCGUCCAACAUGGUAAGCGCCUACAAUCAAAUGGGGCCGAGAAACAACAAUUCAGAUUAUCUCCAACAACGAGGAACUAAUAUCCGAGGACAGUUUGUAAAUCCUACACCUAAUGUGACAAUGGGUAAUAUUAUACAGAAUACGGUAUCUCCUUAUUCAAGGCAACAAGCAGCAAGUGGAAAACCUAGUGUGGCUUCAUCCCAGCAACAAUUUCAACAACAGCAAAGAUUACAUCACCAAAUGUUACAAAUUCAAGGUAAGAAAAACAAUUGA